AUGAAAACAGUGACCCCUCAAAAAUGUAAAAACGAUAGUAAUUGUAAAUCUCCUGAACCCAAAAUUUGUGCUACUUGUAUAAAUGGUCUUCAUCCUCCAUGUACAAGUGUUCAGUGUAAAGAUGGUCUAUGUCAAACAAUACAACCAUGUUCAUUACCCCAAACGUGUUCAAAAAAUAAAAAUUGUGAAUAUUCUAAUCGUACUUGUGCACCAUGUCCAUAUGAUUGUGGCCCUGGAUGUACAACAUUUAAAUGUAAUGAUAGUAAAUGUGAAUUAAUACCAUAUUGUUCAAUAUGUAAACAGUCAACUCAACAAAAAUGUAAAUGUAAUUCAGAUUGUACAAAACCUACAAAUAUAACAUGUGCUGAUUGUGAGUCAGAUCAGGCGCCAUUUUGCACACAAACAUUAUGUGAAAAUUCAAAGUGUGUUACAAUUCCACCAUGUUCAAAACAAGCAUGUUCAACAGAUAAACCAUGUAUUUUUAACGGACCAAUAUGUUUGACGAAUGCAACAUGUCCUAAUGGUUAUGGGCCAAAAUGUGCUAAAGCUGAAUGUUAUAAUGGAUUUUGUAAUUUAAUAGAGCCUUGUUCACAGCAAACACAAUGUCAAGAUUAA